AUGGCCUUUCUCUCAAAAUAUCCCACUGUACUGUGCUCACCCUGUACUGUGACCACCAGCACCACUCUGUGCUACGGCUUCCUGCUCAUGCUCAAGUACCCUCACGUGGCAGAAAGAGUCAAAGAGGAGAUUGCACAGGUGAUUGGCUCACACAGGCCACCUGCCCUCGAUGAUCACUCCAAAAUGCCAUACACGGAGGCAGUCAUCCACGAGAUUCAGAGAUUUGGAGAUCUCCUCCCCAUUGGUGUGCCCCACAUAGUCACUAAAGACACUGUCUUCCGAGGGUACCUCAUCCCCAAGAACACUGAAGUGUACCCCAUCCUGAGCUCUGCUCUCCACGACCCGCAUUACUUUAAAGAACCAGACACCUUCAACCCUGACCACUUUCUGGAUGCCAACGGGGCCCUGAAGAAGAAUGAAGCUUUUAUCCCCUUCUCGGCAGAAGAGGGAGUGAAAGGAAGAACCUGGAGACAGCCACCCUGCACAUCUGCAGGCCUUACAGAGACAGGGGCUCGGAGAUGCACAAACCCAGCCGGCUCACAGGAACGCACAGGGACGCACAUCACCACCAACCCCACGACUCAAACGCAACCACCUUUUCACAUGUGA